AAAAUUUAUUGAACAGUUAUUGUGUUUGUUGUGUUGGAAAAUAUUUAUUUUGAAGUAAUUACAGUUCAUUUAGUUUCUAUUUAUAAUACCAAAAUGGUUGAAUUCACUUCAUCUCAAUUAGAAAAACUUGCAGAGCUUUUUAGGCCUCCAGAACCAGAUGUACUCCAAGGAGAAGAUCUAUCUCCUACUGCCUAUCAAAUAACAUCAUCCAGGGACAAAAUUAAUAAGCAAAAUGAUACGAAGGAAAUGCCAAAAACAAUUGAAGAGUUUGAAGCACAAGAAGCCGAGGAAGCAGAACAAUUAGGUAGCGUUGGCGCUGGGAUCGGAGAGAGAAAAGUACCAGCUUAUACUAUGAACUAUCAGCAGUCUGUAACAGCGGAAGACGUUUUCCUGCAGAUUGGUCCUAAAACCACCUCAUCGGCGAGUUGUGAAAAUUUAAUUGUAAGAAUAAAGAUGCCGGGCGAUAAAAAGGAGAAUAUCGAUCUCUCUGUUGAUACAACAUGUGUUACUGUGAGCUCCUCGCAGUUUCACCUGCGGCUGCCUCUACCGCACGGCAUCAACCCAGACAUCUCUAAAGCAAACUGGGAUGCAUCGGAAGACACUUUAGUCUUAACUCUUAAAUUGGACAGGGAAUUUGAUUUUGUUAAUUUUUAAUUGAUCCUAUUUGUCACACAAAAACUAUAUUUUAACGUGAAUAACGUUAUAAUACAAAUUGCUUAUAAUUAAGAGUUCUGAAAAAAAAAAACAAAAAUUAUGUAGUAAUUUAUGCCUAACGUGUAAUUCCCGUUUCCCCUUGGGUAUGUGCAGAUACAUUAUGCAUUUGUUACAUUAUCGAUUUUCUUUAGAGAUGAGAGAAUUUUUGUUAGUUCGCACCGGGAAUCGAACCCAGGAUCCCUCGGUUCUACGCUCACGUGUUAUGCACUGCACACGUAGUAACUAUUAGUAAUCUGUGAUUAUACCAAUGAGCCUUACGUACCUACCAAAAUAACCUAAUUGGUUGAAUAAAU